GCCGACUUGGAUCCGCGCCGACAAGCCUUGGCACGCGUACCAGAUACAGGUUCCCAAGGGCCCCAAGCAGUACCCCAUCACCAGGCCGCCGCCAGUCAGGCAGCCCGGAAUCCAGCAGGGCUACCCCAAGAUCGACCUGCUCCACGGCGCCCAGCAGCACCUGGACCAGUGCUGGAGGGGGUUCUGCUCUGCAGCCGAGGCCGAGCUUCGAUCUCUGUUCGGUUGGACGGAGUUGGAGGCACGCAGGUAUGAAGGCCGAGGCUUGACUCCCGAGGUGGUGCAGAGACAGCUUCUUCCGAAGCAUGACAGCCCAGUGGCCGACCGAGGUCCUGCCAGGGCCUGGCGCUGGGCCGCGGGAGAACUGGCCUGGAUUGGCCAACUUGUCUGCUGUGUCUUGCGGGGCCAGUCUGUGCCCAUGGCCAAGGCGGAGGCCUUUGCAGGCCAGAACACCACCUCGGGAGAAGGGCCUCCUCGAUCCUACAACGAGGAGGUAAAGGGCCAGCUCAGACGGGCUUGGAGGAAGCUGUUCCAGGCGAGGCACCACUGGGACCAGAUGGAGCCUUGGAGCGCGGGGUUCUUGCCCACGCUGCGCAUCCUCUCCGACGUGGAGCCCCACUUCAUGGGCGCGCAGGCCAUCUUCGCGCUGCAGCAGUUCGCCAAGGUGAGGGCCCAGACCUGGGAACAACACCUCAUGCGGCAGCGGUCCAAGCGAUUCUACGAGCGCCUGAGUGCGAAGUUCCCUGGCUCGGGGGGGUACCUGCACCGCAUCUGCCACUGGAAGCAGCUACCAUCGGAUCCGCAGCUCGCGGUCAACCAGGAGGCGCAGGAGUGGGCUGGCAUUUGGCGCGCGGUGUCAGGUGACUACACCAAGUUGUGGCAGGACGCCCAGGUCCAGGCCCAGCGGAUGGCCCACGUGCAGGAGCUGCCCAUCAUCGACGCGGUGCAGGUGCGCGCAAUUUGCCGCAGCUACAAGUGGAAGACGGGGCUUGGGCUUGACGGCUGGCACUUCGGGCACCUGGCCUGGCUCAGUGACGGGGCCUUGACCAGCCUCGGGGACAUCCUCAUGUUGUGUGAGCGGCUCUGCUCGUGGCCCACGGCCAUGCGCAUGCUUAUACUUUUCCUGGUCGCCAAGGGCCAAGCCGUUGCCGACGCCAUAUGCACCUACGUGGGGCUGCCCGCUGGGUCGAAGUCUGCCAACCGCUUCCUGAAGAUUGUGUUGUAUCCGAUACUGGACGUCGUGGCCCGAUGGCCAGGUGCUAAGCUGGAGAUCACCAAGUUUGUGGACGACCUAGCCUUGCGGAUGGUGGGCAGGAGUACACAGCUGAAGGUGAUCUUCCCCGACCUGGCCCGCACCCUCAUCCACCUCCUGGAGUCGUUGCUGCAGCCCAAGGUCUCGAAGGGCGAGGGGGGGAAGUCGAAGUUCGUCUCCAGCGACGUCUCAUUGGCGCAGGAGCUGGCUCAGCCCAUGGCGGACAUUGGCCUUCAGCACGGCGAGGGCGAGCGAUGGCUGGGCGUGGACUACCAACCCCAGGGCCCUCGGAAGAAGGCCACCAGAGCCAGACGGUUUAAGACUGUUCGAGGACGCUGGCACAAGGCGGCGGCCCUCAAGCGACGAGGGGUGAGGAUACGCCCUGUGGUGCAGCAAGGCCUCAAAGCGUCAGUUGCGUAUGGGGCGACCUGCGCUGGCACGCCUCCUGCCGUUCUCAAGUUCGUCACGGCCAAGACAGCUGCUGUGCGUGCGGGGGCUGGGACCUUUCGUUCGUGCACGUUGGGCUGGGCGAUCGCGCCGAGGACUGACGGCGCCGAGCAGCUCAGGCUCGCCCCGCUUAGGGCAUGGGCACGCGAGGCCUGGGGUCAGCCCGAGAGACGGAAGGAGAUGGCACACGCGUGGGGCCGUCAAUGGCCCAAGGUGCAGCGUGCCCUCACCUAUGCCCCCGCCAAGUUCGACGCCUGGAAGAUGGUGAGGGGGCCAGCCGCAGCCACCAUACUGACGGUGUACGAGCUGGGUUGGCACAUGAAGGACGCUUGGACCAUCCUCGACGGCGUGCACUGCAAGUGGGACAUCCGCGAGGUCGCCCCCCUCGAAAUCUUGCGGUCGGCAGAGAGGACGAUCGCAAAGAAGAAGCUCAUGGAUUGGGCGCUCGCGGAUGAGGAACGCCAGCCGCUCCGACCCGCUCCCUUCCUCUUGCCAGUCAAGCAGCUCAUGCGUUCCAAGCCCACGGGGAUUUGGACAAGGCACCACAUCAACAGUGCCAGGGCGGUCGCGUUAGGGGGCUACCCUGUUCAGACCGUGUGCUACGAGCGCGGCCAGGUCACGAGCCCACUGUGCCCACUGUGCGGCAAGAAGAAGGGCACCUUGAUGCAUGUGUAUUUUCUCUGUGAUGCAGAUGUGUGCGUCACGAUUCGUGAUGGACUCACGGAGCCGACGCUCAAGCGCAGUUUUCGGGACGUGGUGCAUUUGGGCGGGGCGGCCGCCACGAAGGAGGAGCAGGGCUGCAGGGGCGGCGACACGCUCUUCUGGAAGUGGGCUCGCGGUCUGAUCGCGGACCCCGUGGCCGACUACCAGGUGCCCACGCCGCCCGACGAGUACCAGUGGGGCGACCCCGACGGGGAGAUGGUCCUGUCGGGCUGGGUGGCCACGGACGGGUGCGUCCUGGCCCCUGACGUGGAGGAGGUCUCCACGGGAGGCUUCGCCGCCAUCACCUGGUGCGCGGAAAAGAAAAGUGAGGUUCAGUCUUUGUUCGGAGCUGUUCCAGUUGCGAGGCCCACGUCGGCCCACUGUGAGAUCUGGGCAGUGUACCAGGCCAUAAAGCACUCUGUAGGGCUCGUAGGGCUCCUGAUUGAUAGUAAGCAGGUCGUUCAGGGGCUCUUGGCUGGUCGCGAAUUUUGUGUGAGUAGCGAGCAGAUGACCGCGCACCUUUGGAAGCUUGUUUGGGACGCCCUGGAGGAUCAGUGUCUCAUCCCAGGAGAGUCCCUUCAAGUAGUCAAGAUAAAGUCUCACAUGACGAAGGCCCACUGGGCCUGUCUUUCUGGUGAGAAUCUUGUGCACUUUGAUAUGAAUAG